UUUUUUUCAUUUGCGUUUUAUGAUUUUACGAGAUAUGAGACUUACGUUGGCGUCUGGGUUUGGCUUGCGGGUGUGUAUGAUGGAUGGGCUGAAUAUGAACAUCGAUGUGAAUGUAGUUUUGGUUUUCCCCCCCUCUCCCUUCUUUUCUAUCGUCUUCCAUCCUUCUAUCUUGUCAUUUUAUGUUUUGCGUCUGAAGUUCGGGCUUCUAUGUCUAGGAAUACGCACAUCUAUGUUCACACACACAUGCACGCAUUGGUUUAAGCGAUCGUUGGUCGAAGGAGGUUCAGGACAUACUGGGGCAAGAUGAAUGUAGUGUGUGGUACAUCACAGUACUUUUCGUGCGAUGCGUCAUCUAUGUAGUUCCCAAUCCGGUAUCUCAACAGUUAUUGGGUGGCCCUUUUAAGCCUCUCCCUCUCAUUCGCUCUCUCUCUAAUCCACAUCUCCCUCAUUCAUAACGUAGCCGUUAUGUUUCUUUCUGAAAAUAAUCGUGGUAUGCGUAAUGACGCGCGCUAGCCCACAUUUUCUCUCACUACGGGAUUUAGUAAUGCAUCUUACCUUCCUCUAACCUGUAUGCACAUGUCGAAGUUGCAAAGAGACUUUGACGUAUGAAACUCUCUCAUUCACACAACAACCACUUGUGUUGUCUUCAUAUAUUUGCGUUUCACUUUAGGAGACUGGCGGGAUUUCUGGAUUGACAGUAGUUCGUAUCAAAUUAUCAACAACCAAGCUCUGAAG